AUGCUCGUCCGGUCAGUGGUGCGCUCGCUCCAGCGAGGUUCUCCUCGUCUCUUCUCGUCUGCUGCAGCCGUAGAGACGAAACCCAAAGGCUCACCAUUUGCACGCUACUUCUGGUAUACGACUGGCAUCAUGUUGGGCAUCCCUGGUGCUAUAGGAGGGGUGUUCGUGUACAACCUGCAGACAGACGACGAAUUCUACAACCACUUUAACGACCGCUACCCUGAUCUCAUCGACACUAUCAACGAAUACGUGCCGCUGAACGAGUCGCUUCUUGAAUUGGCCAAGCGUGAGGAUAGUGGCCCAAUCGGGUCCACAGAAGACCUCAUUAAUGAGACUGUGACGGUGGUAGCGGAGCUGCAAUCAGGCCAUAAGGUGAAAUUUGACGUAUUGGGCUCGGCCAGUCAGAAGGAGAUCGAGGCGCUUGCACUCAAGCAGUCAGCCAAGCCCGAGAACGACCGUGUGGUGAACGUCACCUUUGCAGAGGAAGGAGACGACGCGAAGGACAAGAAGGCGGUGGCACCUACUGCACAGGAAGCCUGGCCACCCGCUCCUCGUGUCACGUGGGGUAGUGCUGCUGUCGCGCAGAAGAGCAAGAAGCCUGUGGACUCGGCCAAAGAACUCCGUCUGCAGAUCGAGGAGAUCCGUGCGCAACAAGCGGCUCUCGAGGAGUCCAAAUAUGCCGGACGUGACAUCGAUGAAGCGGAUGAGGAGAUCGCGGUGCUAGAGGCGCGUAAGAUCGAGUUGAAGGAGCAACUUCCACGCAAGCGCUUCUUGUGGAUCUUUUAGACUCGAGAUGGAGAUAACAAGU